UGGCGAGCGUGAGCGUCGGCUCGCAACCCUGCGACGGAGAGUGGCCAGUGAUAACGCGAUCUCGAAAGAGCGAUUUAAUGCGCUCGCGUAUAUGAUGGUCGCGGCCGCCCGAUGGUCAGUUCAUUGUUGCGCGAUCGCGCCAGGUGAUCGGUUCGGAGUGGCGAUCGUGCGUGUGGCGUUUUUUUGUGCCAAAAAGUGAUCGUGAACAGCAGUCCAAUAUUUAAAGUAUUAAUGUGAGGUGGAUGUGAUCUUCAGUUAUACAAUUUAAUGGUGAAGAAAAAGGAAACAGCCUGCUAGUGGUGUUUUGUUGUGUACUAGGAAGAAAUUUUAAUACCCAAGAGUACUUAAACGAAUCUACGGUGUGGUGAAUCGAGUGCGCUUCAAGUGAUCACCGAGUGGUGUACCCAAUCCCGCGAGGUUGGUGCGGCUCAGUGUGUGAGGCAGUAAAGCAUACGCGGUUACUUAACAAACAUCCGCCAUUGUUGGCCAAACAGUAACAUAAUAACAGUGCACGGUCGUCGGCGCACUUGGUCGGCGGCGGCCUCCACAAUUUUCUUGGUGCGUUGCGGAAUGUCUUGCAACAAGCUUCAACGGGGUGGUACUCCGCACCGGUGGUAGUGCGUUCGCGCGUGGCCAAAAAGUGACCUCGUACAGGAAGUUGUGAUACAGUAAGUUGUGUGUUGUGUGUGCAGACAAAAACAAAAGCGUGAGAGUGUAAGCGAGAGCGACGACAAGAUUUUGAUGUUAACCUUCAAAAAGCGUGGAUGCAUUUGCACACGCAUUAUGUGCAUCCCAAGUGCAACGUGAGUGUGUGAGAAGCGAAAGGGAUCGAUCGGACAGCUGAUGCAGUGGUGAAACAAUCUAGUAGCCUUUAAACUAAAAUCGCUAUCGGAAUUAGCCAUUUAUCAACACCCUCGGCAGCAAGAUGAUCAUCAAGAAGCCACCGGCGACGGACGACGCUUUCAUCGAGAGCAAUGUUGUUAAACGCUUUUCUCCGCUUGCGCGUCAGGUACUGGCCGCCUCGGGUCCCAUCAUCAGCAGUGCAGCAGCCGGCAUGACGAACGGUUUCUCCGCCAUUCUACUGCCACAGCUACAACAACCCGGCAGCAAGCUAUCGAUUACCGAAGAUCAAGCAUCAUGGAUCGCGUCCAUGGCACCGCUGCCGAUGGCACUCGGCUGCAUUCUCGGCGGUCUGCUGAUGGAACGCUGUGGGCGGAAGUCUGCUCACCUGCUACUUAACAUUUCCUUCGCCAUUGGUUGGUGUGUCCUGUCGAUGGCUGGCAGUUACGCACAGAUACUUGCUGGACGCUUCAUCACUGGGCUCAGCUGUGGCCUGGUUGGACCACCGGCGUCCGUGUACAUUGCGGAAACGAGUGAUCCUCGCUAUCGUGGCAUUCUGCUGGCCGGUGUUACGUUUGCCGUGUCGGGUGGAAUUCUUCUUGCCCAUCUGUUCGGUACAUUCUUCCGGUGGCAAACGGCCGCACUGCUCUGCUCGCUGUUCAUGAUCGUUGCCUAUCUGCUGAUGGUUGUGUCACCGGAAAGUCCGGCCUGGUUGCUGGCACGGGGAGCUCGUUCCGAGGCUGAAGCAUCGUUCCGCUGGUUGCGUGGCUUUGAUCCGGCCAGUCGACAGGAGUUUGAUGCGAUGGUGGCGAGAACGGACAAGACUGUGAAUAGUGGCAAAGCUAGCGAAGGACAAGCGGAUGGCACUUCCGAUCAGAACCGAUCGCCCUAUAAGCGACGCGAAUUUCUUAUGCCACUGGCAACGCUGCUUGUGUUCUUCGCCACGAUGCAGUUUUCGGGCGUGAACAUCGUUGCGUUCUACUCGAUCGCGCUCAUGAAGACUACGAUCGGAAGCGAUAGUUUGAACGAGUAUCUUGCCAUGCUGAUUGUGGAUCUGGUGCGCGUGGUGACAUCACUCGUGGCCUGUAUCCUUCUCCGUUCCGUCGGGCGUCGUCCACUGGCUAUGGCGAGUGGUGUCGGCACGACCGUAUCGCUGAUCGGGCUAUCGAUCUUCCUCUACUUCCAAACGAGCAUCCCACUGUACCGGAACUAUUCCUGGCUGUCGCUCAUCUUUCUCAUCAGCUACAUCGUGUUUGUUGGGAUCGGUCUCUUCCCAUUGCCCUGGUGUAUGACUGGCGAAAUAUUCCCGGUCGCGACGCGUGGUCUUGGUUCCGGGCUGACGUCAUCGUUUAAUUUCGUGUGCUUCUUUGCUGUCAUCAAAACGGGACCGACACUGUUCGCCACGGUGGGCAUUAAUGGCACGUUUCUGGUGUACGGUGUAAUAUCGCUGCUCGGCACACUGCUGCUGUACGUGAUACUGCCGGAAACGAAAAACCGUACGCUGCAGGAGAUCGAGGAACAGUUCCGACGGGGGCGAAGGAAAGCGAAGGACGCGGAAGCGUCGGCGGGAGAGGAAGGUCCUUCGGUAGCGCCAGCCAGAAUUGCAACAAUCUCUUAAGUGUUAUUAAGUUAAAUAAUUACUUAGGACCCACUGUGGGCUCAGUUAGGAAGGAGUUUUAUAAAUCGUUGCAUGGAAAUAGGAUUGUUGCGUCGUUACUAUUAUCUCUAGAAAAUGUUGCGUUUUGUUGUUUGUUAAGUAGUUUUAAAGUAAGAUUACUUUAGCUGUCGUGUUGUGUUCAGUGUUCAGUAAUAUAAAUAAUACGUUAAUAAAUCCACUUGUUGCUUAAAAAUU